GACUUAAAGUUGACUGUCGUUCUCUCAUUUGCAUCUUCUUUCCUCCUCUCAUCCAUUUCUCAAUCAUCUCUCUGCUCAGAGUUUCACUGCAGGCCAUGGUUUCACUCUGCACUCUCCCUUCUUUCUUCCUUUCCUUUUCCUUCAUUUUGCUACCGCCAUUCUCCAACUUUGUUGACGCUCAAGCUCCAAUUAUAGAUAAUCCAACCGCCACGCUUUCAACACGAUGGACGAAUAACGCAACAGGUGCUCCCUUCUCCCAAUAUGGAGGUGGAACGGUCGUGCAGGAAAUUCUAUUACAAGGCGGAGAAGAUUUUAGCUACGCCUGCGGCUUCUACUGUGAUGGUAACUGCAACUCUUACCUCUUUGCUGUUUUCACCAUCCCAGAUAGCCCAGAUAGGACUAGUGAAUAUCCUCCUGCGGGUAUUCCAAAAGUAGUGUGGUCUGCUAAUCGAAACAAUCCUGUAAAGAUCCACGCGACGUUGGAGCUCACGUCUGAAGGCGAUUUGGUGUUGAAAGAUGCUGAUGGUACGGUUGCUUGGUCCACAAACACUUCUGGAAAGUCAGUUGUAGGCUUGCGGUUGACAGAUUUGGGGAACCUUUUGUUGUUUGAUAAGGACAAUGCGACCGUUUGGCAGUCCUUUGAUCACCCAACCGACUCAAUUGUCCUCGGACAAAAGUUGAGGGCAGGGCAAAGAUUGAUGGCCAGUGUUUCUGAGACAAAUUGGACCGUUGAUGGUAUGAUUACACUUUCCGUGAAUGGCAAUGUUUUAUCUGCUCAAGUGGAGACUAAUCCUCCUCAGAUCUAUUUCCAACGUAAAGCUCCAAAUGUGGGGGCAAGAAUCGAGUUCCAUAUGUUGAGCUUGUAAAUGAAAGCUUGUCUUUGACCUCAACUUUUACCGAGAAUGACAGCGGAAUUUUAUUCGUUUUACCAACUCCUGCACGAUACAUGAAGCUGGGUUCGGAUGGGCAUUUGAGAGUGUAUGCGCUUAGCCACCCCGAGGGGUGGUAUGAAGUGGCCGAUAUUUUCAAAGGGUAUGUCAAGGAUUGUGCCUAUCCGGCAGUGUGCGGACGAUAUGGAAUUUGCUCCGAUGGGCAAUGUAGCUGUCCGGCUUCGAAUGGGGGGACGAGCUAUUUCCGGCCAGUAGAUAAUAGGCAGGCUAAUCUUGGGUGUUUCGAGAGUGUUACAUUGUCUUGUCAGACUUCACAACAAAGUUUUCUACAGCUCGAAAAUGUUACAUAUUUUAGUCUCACUCCAAAUCUUGGGGACAUAAAUGCUUCGAGUUGUAAAGAGGCCUAUGCAAAGAACUGUUCAUGUAAAGCAGCUAUAUUCCGGUAUCAUUCUAAUCGCACUUAUGGCAAUUGUUACUUACCAACUCAAGUGUUUUCACUUAUGAAAGUUGACAAGAAAAUGUUUUCCUAUAAUUCUAUUGCUUACCUUAAAGUGCAAAAUGUGGCAAAUGAAGCUCCUUAUACUCGAAUUGACAAUCGUAUGAGCAACCGUCUUCCUAUAAUACUUGGGUCUAGCCUCGGAGCUCUCUUUGCCAUGUUGAUUUUCAUCAUAGCCAUAGUUUUGUUUGUCCGAAAGAGAGCAAAGGAGGAUUACCUUGAUCAAGUACCUGGAAUGCCCACUAGAUUCACAUACAAUGAUUUAAACAUCAUCACAAAUGGAUUCAGCAAAAAACUUGGCGAAGGAGGUUUUGGUUAUGUUUUUGAAGGUACUUUAAGUGAUAGCACAAAAGUUGCAGUAAAACGCCUUAAUGGUUUUGGGCAGGUUAAGAAAUCCUUUCUAGCCGAAAUUGAGACUAUUGGCUGUAUACAUCACGUGAACCUGGUAAGACUCGUGGGAUUUUGCACUGAGAAAUUCCACAGGCUUCUUAUCUAUCAGUACAUGUUGAAUGGGUCUCUAGAUAGAUGGAUCUUUCACAAAUCCAAUGAGUGUGUUCUCCGCUGGCAACAAAGGAAGAAGAUCAUUCUUGAUAUAGCAAAAGGGCUUAAUUAUCUUCAUGAAGAUUGCAGACAAAAGAUAUUUCACUUAGACAUUAAAUCCCCAAAUAUCCUCUUGGAUGGCAAUUUCAACGCUAAGGUUGCUGAUUUUGGAUUAUCCAAGUUGAUAGACAAGGACCAAAGCCAUGUUGUCACAACCAUAAGAGGAACUCCUGGUUAUUUGGCCCCCGAGUGGCGAGGUGCAACAAUUACUGAAAAGGUCUAUGUGUACAGUUUUGGCGUGGUAAUUUUGGAGAUAAUGUGUGGGAGAAAAAUCUUGGAUCGCUCUCAAGAUGAAGAAGACAUGUAUUUACUGAGUUGUUUUAAGAGAAAGGCAGAAGAGGAACGAUUUCUGGACAUUGUCGACAAGUCUAGCGAUGACAUGCAACUAAAUGGACCGCAGGCAGUGAAUAUGAUGAGGAUUGCCGCAUGGUGCUUGCAAGGAGACUACACAAAAAGGCCUUCCAUGUCUAUGGUCAUCAAGGUGUUAGAGGGCAUUGUGGAAGUUCCGGAAGACUUGGAUUACAACUUCUCUGCUCAGGCUUCCACCAAUGGAGAAGCAAGAUUCAGACUGAUGGAUGUCAAAUUCAAUGAUACCACUACAUUAGUACCCUCAGUCCUAAGUGGUCCACGAUGACGCGACAUAUUUGUAAGAACUUUUCUUCCAAAUAUGUUGAGUGGUAGAAUGUGUGAGUGAUUGAAUUUUUUAGACUGUGAGGACUCUAUCUUGUUAUUCUCUUUUUAGGCCUAGAAAAAGGCCAAUGGUGUGAUAUCAUUUCUUGUUUUCAAUUUGCCAAUGAGUGGACUUCGCCAUGACUUGACAAAGGAGUGUGUUGGUUAGGAUAUUGCAAUUUGGUUUUAUUGCU